AUGCAGCAGGUGCAGUUCUGGGAGGUCUCGGCCCAUGUGAGGGGCAGAGAGCUCCGCCACCUGGCUGCUGACCACCUGAGAACCAUGCGGCGGGACGGCUGGAGCUGCAGUGAAGACACAGACCCUCUGGGCCUCUGGACCCAGGGCGGCCUGGGCUUAGUGAGGAAGGGGGCCUCAGAGAGCACCAUGGACAGGGAGGUGACCAGGACCAUGGACGGCCACCCCUCUGACGGCUGGGCCCAAAGAGCAGAAGAAGGGUGGUGUAACUCAGCAGCAGCUGCGAGCACAGGGCCUGCCCGACCCUGCGGGUGCCGCCAGCUCAGGCCCCCCCAGGAGCUCCAGCAGGUGGGCCUCUGUGCCCGGCCCGCAGCAUCCACAGCGCGGGAGCCCUCGGGGAGUGAUGGGGCUCAGGGGGACCCAGCCGGUUCCUCUCCUGUCCUGGCCACCUCACCAGACCUGGGGACACAGGGCCGAGCGCAAGACCCCGAAAUUCAGGCCAAGGCACCAUCCCCCGUCAAGCUGCCCCUUGCUCCCCUGGGCAUUCCCGGGGGGGGCGCUCUGUGGGGCCAAGACCAGCGGGCUCCCCCCCCCCAGGAACUCCCGCAGUACUGGUCUCCUCACUCCUCAAAGCCGCCCCCCAAGCCAAGCCCAGCUCAUGGCCUCUUCCGCAGUGGCCUGGCCUUCUGGCCACCGGCCCCGGAUACCACCUGCGGCAGCAAAGGGCUCCCCUUGUGCCCCUGCUCCGUCACUCGGGGGCCGGGAGGGUCUCCUGCAGAUUGGAGGGCACGCCCGGGAGACAGACGUCUGCACAGUAAUUCAUCAAUUCCCUCACUGGGCCCCAGCUCAGCAGGACACCCACGCACCCUCCCCAGGAACCACCAAAGUGUGUCUGGCACCUGUGUCGGUGGCUCAGAGAUGAUGGAUCCCUGUCCCGAAGGCUCAAGCCCCCAGGGUGUGGCCGAGGGGGCCACCCUCCAGCACGUCCAUCCAGAGAGGAGUCCACAGGUCUCACGUCAAGUGGGGAAGGAACUGCUCGGCAACACAGAACCUGCACACGGGUCCGGGACCCUCGGGCUUAGCCCAGCACCCAGGAGGCCCCGGACCCCUGACACCCCAUAA